UGUAACUUCCCAGAGAGUCUGGGUACAGGGGUGUCUUAUAGCCAUCCCAGCAGCCCACAGAGGCAGUUGGAGCUGAACCUGGAGGAUGAGGAAGGCUGGGCUCCUGGGGCUAUUUUGGAUGUUCCUUGUCUCAGAAGUCCAAGCUGCCGUUGAUCCCGCUGAAGAAAGGUAUGACCUGGUUGAGGGACAGACCUUGACAGUGGGCUGUCCCUUCAACAUCAUGAAGUACGCCAGGAGCCGGAAGGCUUGGCAGAAGCUGCAGGAUGGAAAGGAGCCUUUGACACUGGUGGUCACAGAGAGGUCGCCUACAAAUCCCAGUGAAGUCCGCAUGGGGAAGUACACACUGAAAGAUGACCCUGAUGAGGCCAUGUUACAUGUCCAAAUGACUGACCUUCGGGUGACAGACUCUGGGUUGUAUCGCUGUGUCAUUUACCAUCCUCCCAAUGACCCUGUUCUGCUCUUCCAUCCCGUCCGCCUGGUGGUGACCAAGG